GGGUCAGGUGACCAACGAUGGCCACAUGACCCGGCCCGAGUUCCAGCGGUCGAAGGCGGAAGUAGAAGAGGAGUUCGGUGCCGCUGCUUGGCCUGCUGCAGUCUCAUGGUGAUGACAUGGCAUCUGCCAGCUCCAGCAGGGCAGGGGUGGGCCUGCCUUUCGAGAAGUCUCAGCUUACUUUGAAAGUGGUGUCAGCAAAGCCCAAGGUGCACAGUCGCCAGCCUCGAAUUAACUCCUUUGUGGAGGUGGCAGUGGAUGGGCUCCCCAGCGAGACGAAGAAGACUGGGAAACGGAUUGGGAGUUCUGAGCUGCUCUGGAAUGAAAUCAUCAUCUUGAAUGUCACAGCACAGAGCCACUUAGAUCUGAAGGUUUGGAGCUGCCAUACCCUGAGAAAUGAGUUGCUGGGCACUGCUUCUGUCAAUCUCUCCAAUGUGCUGAAGAACAACGGGGGUAAAAUGGAGAACACGCAGCUGACCCUGAACCUGCAGACCGAGAACAAAGGCAGCGUUGUCUCAGGCGGAGAGCUGACAAUUUUCCUGGACGGGCCAACUGUUGAUCUGGGAAGUGUGCCUAAUGGCAAUGCCGUGACAGACGGAGCACAGCUACCUGGGAGGGAGCCCAGUGGGACAGCUCCUGCGACUGAGGCACGGCACCAACCACCCAGCACAAACUGCUUUGGAGGUAGAUCCAGGACACACAGACAUCCUGUAGGACCAACCAGAGCCACAGCAAAUGUUGAACAGAGCCCCAAUAGCAGGAAUCGGCACCGGCAACCAGCCAAGAGUCAGAACCAUAGUGGCUUGGCCAAUGGGACAGUGAAUGGAGAAUCUGCGGCAGCCACUGAUCCUGAAGAGCGGCCUGUGGUUGGUGUGACUUCGCCCCCUGCUGCAGUGUCAAGUGUGACCCCGACCCCGGGGGCUACCUCUCUCCCGGCCAUGACAGAACCUAGGGAAGGACAAGAGCCAGCUUCUAGUGUGGGUGCCCAGCAGCCUCUUGUCACAUCGCAGGCUUCAGAAACGCUGCCUCCUGGGUGGGAACAACGAGAGCUACCCAAUGGGAGGGUCUAUUAUGUCGAUCACAAUACGAAAACGACUACUUGGGAAAGGCCUCUUCCUCCAGGCUGGGAAAAGCGUGUGGACCCCCGAGGAAGAUAUUACUAUGUGGACCACAACACCAGGACCACCACCUGGCAGCGUCCAACAGCAGAGUACGUGAGGAACUAUGAGCAGUGGCAGUCCCAAAGGAAUCAGCUGCAGGGGGCCAUGCAGCAGUUCAGCCAAAGAUUCCUCUACCAGUCUUCUGGUGCCUCAUCUGACCAUGAUCCACUCGGCCCUCUUCCUCCUGGCUGGGAAAAGAGACAGGACAAUGGGCGGGUGUAUUAUGUUAAUCACAACACACGCACCACCCAGUGGGAGGACCCUCGUACCCAAGGGAUGAUCCAAGAGCCUGCCCUGCCCCCUGGCUGGGAGAUGAAGUACACCAGUGAGGGAGUGCGCUAUUUUGUGGACCACAAUACACGCACCACAACCUUUAAGGACCCGCGUCCCGGAUUUGAAUCAGGAAACAAGCAAGGUGGUUCUCCUGGAGCCUAUGAUCGAAGCUUUCGCUGGAAGUAUCACCAGUUCCGUUUUCUCUGCCAUUCAAAUGCCCUGCCCAGCCACGUGAAGAUCAGUGUGUCCAGGCAGACGCUUUUUGAGGAUUCUUUCCAACAGAUCAUGAACAUGAAGCCAUAUGACCUACGUCGCCGGCUGUACAUCAUCAUGCGUGGUGAGGAGGGCCUGGACUAUGGUGGCAUUGCCAGAGAAUGGUUCUUCCUCCUGUCUCACGAGGUGCUCAACCCCAUGUAUUGUUUGUUUGAAUAUGCCGGGAAGAACAACUACUGUCUGCAGAUCAACCCGGCCUCCUCCAUCAACCCAGACCACCUCACCUACUUCCGCUUCAUCGGCAGGUUCAUAGCGAUGGCACUCUAUCAUGGAAAGUUUAUCGACACUGGCUUCACCCUCCCCUUCUACAAGCGGAUGCUAAACAAGAGACCAACGCUGAAGGACUUAGAGUCCAUUGAUCCCGAAUUCUACAACUCCAUCGUCUGGAUCAAAGAAAACAACCUGGAGGAGUGUGGACUAGAGCUCUACUUCAUCCAGGACAUGGAGAUCCUGGGUAAGGUGACAACCCAUGAAUUGAAGGAAGGUGGCGAGAGCAUCCGUGUCACAGAGGAGAACAAAGAAGAAUACAUCAUGCUGCUGACAGAUUGGAGAUUCACCCGAGGCGUAGAAGAGCAGACCAAAGCAUUCCUGGAUGGCUUCAAUGAAGUGGCUCCAUUGGAAUGGCUCCGCUAUUUUGAUGAGAAGGAACUAGAGUUGAUGCUGUGUGGCAUGCAGGAGAUUGAUAUGGCCGACUGGCAGAAGAACACCAUCUAUCGUCACUAUACCAAGAACAGCAGACCCAUCCAGUGGUUCUGGCAGGUGGUGAAGGAGAUGGACAAUGAGAAGAGGAUCCGCCUGCUACAGUUUGUCACCGGCACCUGCCGCCUGCCUGUGGGAGGAUUUGCAGAACUCAUUGGCAGCAAUGGACCCCAGAAGUUCUGCAUUGACAAGGUUGGCAAGGAAACCUGGCUGCCUCGAAGCCACACCUGCUUCAACCGUCUGGAUCUUCCCCCCUACAAGAGCUAUGAACAGCUGAAAGAGAAGCUGCUGUAUGCCAUUGAGGAGACAGAGGGUUUUGGACAAGAGUGAUGAAGAGCAGCCCCCUCUUGAGUUCCCUGUUAUGCUAGGCUGGGCAGUCACUAAGUCCUGUCCAUGUGGCAGCAGGACAUUUGACUCUCAGGAGGUCUCCAGCAGGUGGUGUGGGGGUGGAUCUCUACCUCUCCUAGCAUUGGCAGAUUUUCCCAGGCCCUAGUGCCCAUGAGCUCCUGUCCCCCCCACUCUUGGCAGCCAGCUGGUGGGAGAUUGAAAUGGAGCCUAGGAUUACCCAUCGCCCCUCUUCUCACAGUGUGUGUGGUGUGUGCGUGUGUGUGAGUGUGAGUGCCCUAUAUCAGAGACCAGAGGGCCAGAAUCUCCUCAGUGAAGGUGUGCUCACCUUCCUCAGUGCUGGAGAAUCACAUAUGUGAGUUGGGGGGAAGCAACCCCCGUUCUCAUUGGACCAAGCAAAUACCCAGAAGAAGGGGUAGUAAUGAGAGAUACAGGUUAGAUGAGCUUCUGAGGGGAGGUUUCCCUUGCCUUUCCCAAUAGAAGUUUUGGUGUUUGAAAUAGAAGUUUAAAAUUUUUUUAGUGAUUCAUUUAAAUUGAAUGUGAGAGUGAGGGAUAUGGGGUGCAGCCUGAGGGCCAGGCUGAGCCUGUCCCACCUCCUCUGCUUGAGCCUAGUGGGGUUCAGCGUUCUAAGUCUAAGAGGAGGGGGUGAGGCCAUGCAGUGGUCAUUCCCGAUUAGCAGAUCAUGGGUUUUUGUUUAUUCCUUUUGGUGUGAUGCUGCUGUUGCUCCAUAGAGCCCUAGCUCUGGGUUGGGCUGGAACUUUUGGGGAACCAGGCCCCAAGGGCUCGAGUUCUCCCCUCCUCCCUCUCAGGGACACACAGUCCAAGGUCCUCUAGUCUAGGUCUGGCCUUAAGAGGACUGCCUAGGCUUGUGAGGGCCAUUUUCCUAAAGGCAGGGACUCAAUGCAGAAACGAGUUCUCUGAAAGUUCCCCUGGAAUAGGGCCCAGCUUGGCAGGAGAGCUGGCUCCCAGCUAGUUCAGCUUCCUCCCCCCAGGGGCCUUGUGUCUCUGCCAGACCAGGGGCUUCAGCAGGCAAACCCUGACUUGCAGGCUCCUGGUUCCCAGGGGCAGGGUCCCUUUCCCCACCCCAGAGAGGCACUCGUCAGGGCACCCCGUUGUCUCCUGUUUUGGAGUGAGACAGAAAAUAUCAGAGUUGGUGGCAAGAGCUGUCUUCUUUCUGCACCUGCUGAAUGAAGCUCUAUCAGCCUGCCAGAAAGGAAGGCGGGAAGUGGCACCUUUCCCCCCAGCCUUGGGGCCCCGUAUUUGCCUUUCCCUUUUUGCCUUCUUGAUUCCCGAAGGUGUGCUUUCCUCAAACAGCCCCCAGAUGCCUCCUCCCUCUCCUCUUCGCCUGACCCGACCCGUGCCAUAGGGUUCUAGCUUUAAUUGUAGGGUUCUUCGGCAGCUGCUUCCCGGCUGGUUCCACUUCCUGGGGACCUGAGCCUGGCAGCUCCGUGUUAGUGUGUGUCGUGUCCUCCUUGGAAUGAUGCCUAGCUUGGAGUGGGGGGACCAGCCCUUGUUUCCUCACUUGUUUGCCGUGUUGUACUGCAACCCCUUUGAUCAUGCAGGCUGCCGCUGCUGGGGCUUCCUGCCUCAGCCACGAGGUGUCAGUAGUAGGUGUGUGUAUGUGUGUGUGUGCUCGUAUGUGUGUACAUAUGUGUACAUAAACGAAGUGUCUGUAAAAAAAACCAACUACUUCUGUAGCAGCGGGCUGGUCACCAGCUCAUUUUGUAAUAUCCCUCCUGCCUCAGUGAUGCUGAUCUCUUGUGCAAUAAACAAUCAGCAGUUGCA